GAAAAGGAGCUGGCCAGCUGGAAUGAGGAUGGGGGUACAUAACACCUGCCUAACAUUUCUGCUCUUGGCUGUCCGAUCCCUAGGCAAUGAAAACUUCAACGCACAGAGUCCUCCCCAUCAGGUGAAUGGGAUCCUGGGAGGAUCAGCCUUGCUUCGUGUCGCUUUAUCCCCGACUGAACCAGUGGCCGAAAUCAAAUGGAAGUUUCGAGCCGAAACCGGCCUGACGCUUCUGAUUGCCGAAUUUGUGGGAGGCAGACUGGAGCGUCCCAAUCCGAGGGACAGGUUUGGGCAGCGGCUAGAGAUGGCCGAUGAAGCCGCGCUGAGGAUCAGGGCCCUGGAGGCGGGAGACAGCGGCGUCUUGACUGCUCGUGUGCGGCUGGCGACAGCACUAGUUCAUGAGCACUCCUUCCAGCUCUCUGUCUAUGAGCCAGUGCCAACCCCACAGAUACUCCCACAGCUGGUAGUCAACACUCCGGACGGAUGCAAUGCCACCCUGCAGUGCCAGGUGCCUGGAACGGGGCAAUUUAAUGUCUUCUGGAAGAGAGGGGACUCAUUCGAAGGCUUGGACUGGCACCAGCUCUCCAACAAUGGCACAGCCCUCCAUCUGUCAUGGCGGCCCAACUCCUCAGCUCUCUACUUCACCUGCCUGGUCAGCAAUCCUGUGGAUCAGAAGAACAUCGCCUUUGAUUUGCUCAGCAUCUGCCAGAGUAAAGGAACAACCUUCUGUCUGUCUUGGGUGGGAAUUGUCAUUCUGGUGGGGCUCGUGGGGCAGAUCACCACCGUCGCCUCGUUCAGUAUAGUGGACAGAAGGGACCAGAGAAAGAAUUCAGUUGUGCUGGAUGUCUGAAAGAGCUCUCUCUCCUGCUGGAUUUGAUUGUGGGAAGGUGACCACCUCUGAAAAGGAGGGACUCUCUUCUCGUCAUGAUGUUGAUGCCCAGUGUCUGGACAGAAAUGGGAAGGAAGAAGAUGAUUCCUCAGAAGGAGGAUUCCAACAAGCGUCUUGGACUCUUGUUUUAGAACUGCUUCCCUCAUAAACACAAAAUAAUCUUAGGUAGAUUUAAAUGGAAUUUUAUUCAGAACAACUCCAUUUUUCCUCCUCCUCCUUUCCCUCCCUCUUCUUUAUGACUCCACCCCCCAAACACUCUCUUCAGGAUCCCCACUGGGACAAACGUCCAAACAACAAAACACAAAAGAUUACUAGAUCUAUGAAGCCCCAUCUUCCCUCAAUGGCCAAAGCUGUGAUGCUGGGUGGUGCCUUCUCUAUAUGACCUCCAUUCUCUCUAUGGUGCCUUCUCUAUAUGGCCAGUCAACCUCAAUCAGAUGGGCCAGUCAACCUCGAUAGCCCACACCUUUUGGCCAGUGGCUACAAACAUCAUAAUCCUGAGACUGUUUCCUGCUCACCAACCAAUUACCAACAGCAGCAGGCUGUUGAUUGUAUUUAUUUGCUUGGUUGAUUGUAUUUUAUCGUUGGUGCUAUUGAGGUGUUUUAAUGAUGAUAUAAUUUAAUUUUUUAGUCUUAAUAUUUUGUAUUGUAGGCCACUUUGAGAGUGUGUUUACAUUAAAAAGCACCUGGGACUUAUUCCUAAAUACCAAUGAAACCUGGCUUCAUCAUUUUGUUUUUUAGACGCCAGGUAAAGAGCUUUUUGUUCACUCAUGCCUUUUAAAUUUUGAUUUUUAAAUUUGAUUUUUAACUAAUUUUAAAAGCGUUUUUAAAUUGUGUUGUACUGUAUUUUGUAUUUUAUAUUUUCUCCUCCCUCGCUUUGUGUCUGUUAUGAUUUAAUGUGUCCUUAUUUCAUGUUUUAAUGCUGUGUUGUGAGCCGCCAAGAGAACAAUUUGUUCUCUGGGCAGCUAACAAAUAAAGU